AUGUGUGGACGUGGAGCGCUGACGCUCUCGGGAGACAAAUGCAGAAGAGUGGCCGGGGGCGCGCGCCGUGGAGGUCACACGAAAGUUCGAAAUGCUGAGAAGCUGAAGACCAAGUACAACUUGGGACCAAUGAACUAUGUCCCCGUGGUGCGAUCUGUUGAAGGGAGUGGCCCUUAUGCGAGUCCAGAUCGCGAGGUUUGCGCAAUGCGCUGGGGAUUAGUACCCUCUUUUGCCAAGCAGGAAGAGGACUUCAAUGCCUUCAAAGGUGGCAGUUCGACGUUCAAUGCUCGGAUUGAAGGCGCCGAGACCCGAAACCUCUGGCGGCGCCUGCUCGACACGCGACGCUGCAUUGUUCUUUUCGAUGGCUUCUACGAAUGGAAGGCACAUGCAGACGGAAAGACGAAGAUACCGAUGUUCAUCCGAAACAAGGAUGAGUAUGAUGGUCACGUCAUUCCAUGGGUGUCCGAUGAGGCAGGACAUCAAGAAGCCUAA